AUGGCGCAAGACGGAAACCCGCGGCAAGCAUCGCCAUCGGCGCCGCUGCCCUCGGACCACUCGCGGUCGACGGCGCCGCCGCCCACCGUCGCUCAGGGAGAAGAGCAGUCGCCGCCGCCUCUGGUCACGGAGGAGCCGUCUGUCGCCGCGGCUGGCGCGGCGGUGGGGAUGGUCAACCGCGUCACGCGCUUCUCCGGGGGAACUUCAGGGUCCUCGUCCUCUCAGGCUCAGGGUAUGAAAACAUUCAGUAGCGCCCAUGUCGAUAAUUUGGUUCAACUGAAGGAAUGGGAUCAGCUUCAUGCGUAUUUGAUGGAAUUUAUCCCUGGCGAAGAGCCUUUCAAGUCCCACCCUAUGCUUUUCUUGCGCAUAUUCAUGUGUCGUGCGGUUGACUUAAUUGACCAAAACAAAAUUUCUGAUGCUGAGAUGCUCUUUGAAGCUGAAAUGCAGCCCUUUCAGAAAUUGAUCGAUCAAGGGCAAGAGGGUCUCAGGAAUGCUACCAUUGCUGAGCUAUCCGAGGGUCUCAAAUACAUCAAGGGAUGCCUAACUGCGAAGAAAAGCUUGACUCAUCCAUACACCAGUAUUCUUAUGACUAAGAUUGCCGUCAAUGACUACAUGAGGCUGUAUUUGCCAAAUGCAAUCGGGUAUAAGAUUGUUCGCAAGAAGGAUGCACUAUGGGUUUUUGCUUUUCCUCUCGCAUCUAGAUCAGCGACUAAGCCUACCUUCAGAUGUUUGGGUUGUAGCCUUAAAAUCUUUAACUCUGGAACCAUCCAGGACAUCUCUCCCCACCUUGAUCAAUGUCCUGGGAUGAGUACACCAUAUCUGAUUGAGCUACUCAAGCUCUCCAGAACAAUCAACCUUAUUAAUGCUGAAAACUCACCUCAUAAGCUAACGCAAAGUGAACAGCCUGCUGAAAAGAGGCGUCGAACCUUGACUGACACCUUCAUCCCUGUUGAUAAGAGAGAUGUCUUUGCAGAGAUACAAAGAGAGGUAAAAGGUGCUGAGCAUCUGUAUAAUCAAAUUGGAGUCGAGGUGAAUGAAACCGUUGAUAUGUUCAACACCAUGGGAACAAAAGUGGGAAAUAUUCAUCUUCUGCAUGAUAAGAUGGGACAUGUCAUCAAUAAGAUGAAAGAGCUCGUAUGUGCCGGACCUUCUGUAGCAGAAGAUGAAGAAGGAGCCAAUGCUGACAACAAUGUUGAGGUCGAGGAAGCCGAGGCUGCAGAAGAUGAAGAAGGAGCAGCUGCUACCAACAAUGUUGAGGUCGAGGAAGCCGAGGCUGCCAAUGAUGCCCCCUUUCAGUCCGACGCCAUCUAUCAUUACGGUGAAUUUGCGAGUUUGGGAGAAAUGCUGAAGAGUGCCAUUGACCCAACAGAUGAGCUGAUGAGUACCGAGGAGAUGUCCGGUAGCUUCGCUGGCGGUUAUUUUUGA